GGCAGGCUGCAGCUGUCCGGCGACGGCGGCUGACCCCGGCUGGGAGAAGGUGCGCGGCCGCGGCUCAGCCCCUGCUCUCCCCGCAGGAUGAUCACGGAUGUGCAGCUCGCCAUCUUCGCCAACAUGCUGGGCGUGUCGCUCUUCCUGCUCGUCGUGCUCUAUCACUACGUGGCGGUCAACAACCCCAAGAAGCAGGAGUGAGAGCGGCGCUUCCCCGCCCCAGGGUUCCAGGACAUAGUCUGAGGCAAGAUGGAGGGUGUGAGGGGCCCUCACACUUCACUUCAUCUCUUCUACCAAUCACAGCAAACAAAGCAACUACACCUGGAUUUUUCCAAACAACUUUUAUUUCCUCAAUGUCUUCCUUAAACCUAUGGAACAAGAAGCUGCCACUGAGUAGGGCCCACGAUAGGGGCUGCUUUCUUUUCUACUCCCCCCAAUAUAAAAAUAUAGAUAUAUA